AGGGAAAUAAGUACUAUCUUAGUAUAGCAGUAGCAAUAUUAUUUUUAUUAUUAAUUUUUUUUUUUGUAUUAGGAGGAGGAGGACGAUGACGACAACGACGAAGAGGUGUUGAGAGAGAGAGAGAGAGAGAGAGAGGCUAAGAAUGAGAGCAUAUCCAAGAGGAGCAAGCGAUAGACGACGACGUGAUGGGGAAUUGUGGAACUAGGGAGGAGUCCGCUGUCGUCUCCGGUGCUCAUCACCAAGUUCAGCAGCUCCAGGCUUUAUCCGCAGCAGCCAGUAGAAAUCCAUUCCCGUGUGCUCCCGCUGACAAGAGGCACGGCCACGGUCGUUCCACCUCAGAUCUAAGCAGCGAUCCUUGUACCCCCCGCCAUUUUGAAGACUUCACCAACAACUCCUUCCUCUAUACCCAUGUCAUCGCCUUCUCCCUAUUCGAGCUGGAGACCAUCACCAAGAGCUUCCGCUCGGACUACAUUCUCGGCGAGGGCGGCUUUGGUACCGUUUACAAGGGCUACAUUGAUGAGAACGUCAGAGUUGGCCUCAAAUCCCUUCCCGUUGCCGUUAAGGUUCUCAACAAGGAGGGCCUUCAGGGCCACCGUGAAUGGCUCACCGAGGUCAAUUUCCUUGGCCAGCUUCGCCAUCCUAAUCUGGUCAAGCUGAUUGGGUAUUGCUGCGAGGAUGAUCACAGAUUACUCGUUUAUGAGUUCAUGUUCCGCGGCAGCCUGGAAAAUCACCUUUUCCGAAAGGCAACAGUUACAUUAUCGUGGUCAACAAGAAUGAUGAUUGCUCUUGGAGCAGCUAAAGGACUUGCUUUCCUUCACAAUGCUGAAAGACCAGUAAUCUACCGAGACUUUAAGACGUCAAACAUUUUACUGGACUCUGAUUACACAGCUAAACUUUCUGAUUUUGGGCUUGCAAAAGCUGGGCCACAAGGUGAUGAGACCCAUGUUUCAACUCGAGUUAUGGGAACUUAUGGAUAUGCAGCUCCUGAAUAUGUAAUGACAGGGCAUCUUACUGCAAGGAGUGAUGUGUACAGUUUUGGGGUGGUCCUGCUAGAGCUAUUGACUGGAAAGAAGUCUGUAGACAAGACCAGACCAAGCAAGGAGCAGAAUUUGGUGGAUUGGGCCAGGCCGAAGCUAAAUGAUAAAAGGAAAAUGCUCCAAAUAAUAGAUCCAAGAUUAGAAAAUCAGUACUCUGUCAGGGCGGCACAAAAGGCGUGCAGUCUAGCGUACUAUUGCUUGAGCCAGAACCCGAAAGCAAGGCCCUUAAUGAGUGAUGUGGUCGAGACUUUGGAGCCUCUACAAUGCAGUGGUGGCGGUACAGAUGGAGGUUCGGUAUUAUUGGCGGCAGCGUCCUCAUCAGCCUCUUUUCAAAUUGGUACUGGUGGUCCAAUUGCGCCUGGAAGAGCACGAGACUAUCGGUUGGAACAAAGAUUUGGUGGUACAGUUCGUCCUACUACUGCGAGUUGCCGGUCUCCCAACCCAGACUGUUCUCCAGGAGGUGGCCCCACUGCAUGCCGGGUUAGAUGAUAAAAGUGGCAUGUUUUGUUGUAAUGUUAAUAGCAAACCAUAACGGUUGUUUGUGCAUUUACCGUUGUGUGUCUUCAUCACUACCUGUUUUUAAGUUUACCGUGUCAAAGCUAUUUAAGGACAUUCCUUUCAGGUGGAUGGUUGGAAUGUUCUUGAACUUCCGACUUCAGAGUUGCAGUAUUCUUCAUUUGCUUAAACAGUUGUCUUUACUAAUGAUAUCUCUUAUGCCCUAAGCCAGGGAUCCACA